GUUGAUCACAUGACCAACCGAUAAACAAGGCAUAAAAUGUUCAACGCUGAGUGAGUUAGUGAGAGAGAAAGCUUUUGUUUCAGGUUCUUUGGACACUUGACUCCUGUUUUGUUUGAUUAUUACUGGUCACAGUGAAGAAGGAGAAAGUUUCAGAAGCUGAUUCAAGCAUGGAAACCGGAAGCAGGGCUGCUGCUGUCUCUUUAUGGCUCUGUGCUGCGCUGUCCGGCUGCUUUAGCGCCAUCAACCCAGCUCAGAUUGACCCUCUGGUGUAUGAGGAGCAGCUGUUGUGGGUAAGCGGAACCCAGGGCUAUGUGAACACCUACAGAAUCCCACUCAUCACUUUCACACCCAAAGGUAGCCUGCUGGCCAUAACAGAGGGUAGGAAGUCUUCGUCCAGUGACGUAGGAGCAAAGUUCAUCGCAGUCAGACGUUCCACUGACAAAGGGAGCACAUGGUCGCCCACCUCCUUCGUAGUGGAUGAUGGUAGCUUUCCAGAUGGCUUGAACUUGGGCUCCGUAGUUGUGGAUGAAGAGGCAGGUUCGGUGAUUCUGAUUUACACCAUCUGCUUCCACCUAUAUCACUGCAGCCCAGCUAGCACCAUGAUGGUGGAAAGCUUGGAUGACGGUCUGAGCUGGAGCCGGCCCCGAAACCUGUCGGUCCAACUGGGAGUGAAGGCUUUUGCUCCUGGGCCAGGAUUCGGUAUCCAGAAGCGCCUUAAUCCUGCAAAGGGGCGGUUGGUGGUCUGUGGCCAUGGGACCAUUGAGGGGGACGGAGUUUUCUGCAUCCUGAGUGACGAUCAUGGAGAAAACUGGUACAAUGGAGCAGCCCUGAAGAGCAUCCCUUAUAACCAACCGAAAAGAGCUCAGGACUUCAACCCCGAUGAGUGCCAGCCUGUUGAGAUGACAGAUGGCAGCAUCAUGAUCAACGUCCGGAACCAAAACAACUACCAUUGCCAUUGCCGCAUUGUGGUGCGCAGUUUGGACGGAGGCUUGACCCUCCCAGUGGAUGAACUGUUUUUCGACUACAACCUGAUUGAUCCUGUAGUUGCAGCAGGAGCUCUGCAGAAAGAUGGAGUGCUCUACUUCACCAACCCUUCCAAUGACCAAAAGAGAGUUAAUCUGACGCUACGAUGGUCGCUAACAGAUGGAAAAUCCUGGGAGGAAAAAGCCAUUCAGAUCUGGCCAGGGCCCAGUGGCUACUCCUGCAUUACGACUCUGAAUAGCGGAUCUGUUGAAGACCAGAAGUACAUCUACGUCAUUUAUGAGAAAGGCCACAAGAACACAGUUGAGACCAUCUCGUUUGUUAAGCUCCACCUGUAUGGCGGCCGGUAGGACAUGUUGGUCGAAGGUAAGAUCCAAACCUUAAAGGGAAAAGGGACCAGAUGAUUUUGAGGUGCAGAAGCUACUCAGGAAAACAGCACACUUAAAAAAGAUGCUGGAAAACUUGGUUCUUAACUGUGAAUUUCCAGCAGUUCAAUGUGUUUUUCCUUCAUUUUUCUUUUUAUGAUUUUUCUUUUUUUCUUUCUUUUUUUACAUUUGUCACAGCAGGAAAAUUAGAUUUUUAUCCUGUUCUGCCAAAUUUGAAAAGCCUUAAUUUGUAUUUUAAGUGACAGAAUCCGGCAAGCAGCGAACGCUGGGCAAUAAAAAUAAAAGAAAGGUUCACAUAUUUUUUUUUUACCCUAGCAAUAUACUUUUAUUCUGUAUACAUGCUGCUGAAUUUACAGUUAAACGUGUUUGAUAGACUAACCUCUUCAAAAUGCAGAUUUUUACAGAUGGAGAAAUUUUAUACAUUUCUUAAGUUAGCAUUAAGCCUGUGGCUCAUAGAUAAAAGCUGUGUUUGUUCUUGAAGAUACAUUAGGAUGCGGAAACUUCAUCAGCCAAUGCAAUGAGGUAGAACUUCAUAAUCAUGUAGCUUUUUAUAGAAAAUGAAGAAUUUUGCAAAGAGGAUACUUAUGUUAACAGAUAUUUAGGUCACUUAAGAUAAUAAACCCAAAGUGAUUUUAAUGGGGUAAAAAAAGAGAGUGUCUUUACCAGCAGUGUGACCUAAUUUAUGGAAAUUUAUGUCAAAUGUUAAGACAGUCAGGGUAAAAAACAGCUUUGCUACAAGAAGAAAGUAAGAAAUUAUUGAGACAUGAUCCUGAACCUUCAAACCUGAAUCCAACCCAUACUCAAAUUUAUAUUUGAAAUAUUUGAGAUUAACUAUAUCUGAUUUUAUAUUUUGUUUUUAAUUUAAUUGAAUAAAAUAAUAUCCCUGCCAUGUGAUGAGGCACUUAAAUAUCUUUCACUGAGAUUAGCUGAUUUGAAAGAAAAACAUACAAAUUUUACUUUUCUUGUUAGAGAGACUGAAUGCAACACACCAUCAAUAUGGCCGUCAUAUGGUUUGAGUCCAGGCUCCACUUGGAUUUGUAAUGGUUAGUCAGAUGCCCCAGCAUGUAUUUUAAACUGUAUAAAAACAAUGGAAAACCCAACAUCUGCCAAUUCCUUAAUGUUUUUUCAUCACAAGACACUUUAAAAUAUUAUUGUCUGUUCUCAUGUGUUGUUAGUUGUUUUAUCAGACAUUGUUUAUUUUUCUUUUUAACCAAACCUAUCAGAUAUUUUUUCCUCUUGAGGCAUCUGAUUUCUAAAUCUAAGUUCCCAUGAUUUAAUUAUUUAAGGGGUCUCUGUAAAAUGAAUAAAAUAAGUUAACUGAUUAUUUGUUUUGUUUAUUUAUGGAAGUGAUUUAAUCUAGAGACCUGGGCGGCUUUCUUGUCCUUAUAAUUAAUCUUUUGUCAUAAAUUCCUGUGCAAAUAAAUAUAAAAUGCUUUU